GAGGGGAGGAGGGAGGGGGAAACGGCGUAUGCUUGUAUACAACCCUGAUUUCCAUUUUUUUCCCAACUCGUAAUGUAUUUAAUUCAAGUGAAACGUAAUCAUGACGUGUCGUGUCAUUAAUCUCCUCGCCGCCUCUCCCAAAAUUAAAGGAGGAGGCUGCCACAGAAGUGCGUCCCCAAUCAGCCAAGACACUAAAGAAUGGCAUAACAUCACACGCACUGCUGAGGAUGGAUUCUCCACCAGAGUGUGUGCUGUCUCUUUCUUGUGAGCAGCCCCAGUCCCCCCCUACACUGCCAUCCCUGGACCACAGCCCUCAGGCCUCCUCUCCUCACACCCUGCUCUCUCUACCCGACAGCCCCGUUGCACUGCCCAUUCAAAGCCCCGAACCUUCCCCUCAAAGCCUGGACAUCACACCUUAUUUCCCCCUCUCCCCUUUUCCCCUUCAGGAGGAUAACAUCAAUCAACCUGAAAUUGAUGAAGAAGACGAAGAGGAAGGGCUGGAUGGAGUUCCUCCAUCCCCAACCCCGGCGGUUGCUUUGUUCCCAGGAGGAGGAGGGGGACAAGACGCUGCAUGCAGCCCUUGUUUGGACUCCUCUCCUCCUGCCACACCGUCAGCGCCAGUCCUCGGGUUCGGAGCCCUGGAGCUCGCCCUCUCAUCAGGGCAAAGUGGAAACUGCAGCGACGAACUAGACCUCCAGUUGUUCCAGAAAGAUACCGUUACCCGGGCGACACCUGGAGUUGGGGGGGCCUCAUCAGGACCUGCGCUCAGGUUUCCCUGUCACGUUUGCGGGAAGAGAUUCAGAUUCCAAAGUAUUUUGUCCCUUCAUGCCAGAGCUCACAGUCUGGACCGAGACCGCCGAGCCACAGCCCUGUACCGGACUGGACUCCCCUCAGCGCCGCUGAAGCAGCACCUGAAAAUCCAAAAGAACCACAAAGACUUAAUCAAGAAUCACAGAAGUCCCUCAAUCCAGCGUUUACUGCCGGGGACUCUUAUCCAGCAUCUCACAGAAGAAGAGGAUCUUGAUGGUGAAGUCAAAGCUCUAGAUGAUGGCCAGACAGACCAGAACCCAAACUAUUUACUGGAUGACAGCACACCGCUGACCCCUCCACUCACAGAAGACCCCAUUUCUGUGACCUCUCCCUAUUCUGCUACUAUUCUGGAAUGCGCGUCCACUCCCAUAGCACCUACGUUCCGCUGCCACGCUUGCAAAGGAAAAUUCCGCACGGCCUCGGAGUUGACCCGCCAUGUCCGCAUUCUCCACAACCCGUAUAAAUGCACUCUUUGUCCUUUCUCUGCCAGCCAAGAAGAGAGCCUUGCGUCUCACUUGCAGGAGUGCCACCCUUCCCCUGACAUACCUGCCCUGCCAACAGCCUUCAAUUCCCGGCCAGUCAUCGCGACCCCCGACACUCCUGUUCCCACCCCGACGCAUACCCCGGCCCCAACCCCAAGCACCCCACAGCAGACGCCGGCUGCCACAGCGGCUGCAUCCGCCGCACUGCCAGCGUUUCGAUGUGAAACUUGUGGACAGAGGUUUACCCAGUCUUGGUUUCUGAAGGGACACAUGCGUAAGCACAAGGAUUCUUUGGACCAUAAGUGCCAGGUAUGUGGCCGUGGCUUCAAGGAGCCUUGGUUCCUCAAAAACCACAUGAAAGUACAUCUUAACAAACUCGGGCUGAAGGCAGGGCUGGGAGGCCUCGGGGGGCCAGGAGGCGCUGAUCACCAGGCCAAAGGCUCUGCUGCUAAUCAGUCUCUCAACGCCCUCUAUUCGAGCCUUCUUCUGGCCCAGCGAGGAGGCGGCAGAGGUGGACAAGGUCGAUCGGAGAGGGAAACUGGAGGCAGAAUCGGAUUGGGCUCGAGCAAGUCCGCCAUCUUAGGCUAUCUGGGGUUGCCUAGUGAUGGCAGUGGAGCCAGCUGCAUGGAAAGACUUCAAGCAGUGGCUCAGGUGGCAGAGAUGGGAAACGGUGGUGGUGGUGGUGGUGGCGGCAGUAUUGGUGGAUCAGGAGGAGGGGGUGCAACUAGAGGAGGGGGUGCGGGUGAAGCUACAGCAUCAGUUUCAGAGGGAGGGGACCAGGCAACUUGGUGGCAGUUGGUGGCUCGCAGCUUGGCAGUAGCCCAGCAGCAGCAGCAGCAGCAGCAGCAGCAGCAACAACAACAGCAGCAGCAGCAGCAGCAGCAACAACAGAGGUCCAAUCAGAGAGGUCAACAACAAGACCAGCGAGGCCAAGGUCGGAACUCGGUGAUAACUGAGGCCGACCAAGUCCGAGCAUACCUUGGAGGCCUCGAGCCAAGAGAAGAGUCCGGCGGAGCGGGAGGGCCAUGGGAAUGCCCAGACUGUGGAAAACUGUUCCGCAGCCUGCAACAGGUUGUGGUCCACGCUCGUGUUCACACUCAGAGGCCCCCAAAAAGAGGUGGCUGUGAAGAGGAGGGGAGUGGUGGGCGUAGAGGAGCGGAGUUUGGAAGAGGAGGUGGUGGUGGUGACAUAAGACUGGAUUCUCAGCUACACAGUGGUGGAUCCCAACAAACGGGAGACGUGAGACAGGAAUCAAAACUGCACAGUGGUGGAUCACAACAAGCAGGAGCAGCUACGGGGUUUCACUCAGUCAUCUCAAACUUCAAAGGAGAAAAUGGCAUGACAUCAGUCUCCUCCAUUCCUUCAGUUCCCACCAGGGAGCGAGUGCGUGGUAGAGGGAUUAAAGACUGCCCCUACUGUGGUAAAGCCUUCCGUUCUUCACACCAUCUUAAAGUGCACCUGAGAGUUCACACAGGCGAGAGACCCUACAAAUGUCCCCACUGUGACUAUGCCGGUACCCAGUCAGGCUCACUGAAGUACCACCUCCAGCGCCACCACAGGGAGCAACGCAAUGCUUUGGCAGCCUCCUCCAAUUCCUCCUCCUCUGGCCUCACCUCCACUAUCAACACUCUGACCUCUGGAACCUCUGGGCUGGCCAAGCAACGUAGAUCCCAGCUCAACCACUGCCCAGUCAACCGAGGCCAAACCGACUCCCCGACCUCUCGGACAGGCCAGCAGUCCUGGCUCCUGGGGCUUCCGGACCAACGGGAGCAUCGGAAGGCCCUUGCAGCUCUAAGGGAUGUUGAUCUGGAGACCCAGUACAGGUAUCUGUCUGGGGUGAUGGGGGCUCUUUAUCAAGGUGGAAUGGAAGGGGGCUGGAUAAGGGAGGCUCCUGCAACUAAGGCCCCUAAAGUGUCCCGUCGUAAGCCCCUUACUACUAGCCGGAUGGUUCAGCCUACAGGUGACAAGGAAGGAUCUGCGCCUUCAACUCAAGCAGUAGGGUUUGAACCCCUGGAUCUGUCACGUCGCACCUCACCAAGCCUUGGAGGGAUGGAGGAGGAUGGAAUCAUGAGUUUAGAGGAAGGCAGAGAUGUCGUUGGGGAUAGCGGAGGGGACAGUUCAACAGGGGUCAAACUGAGCCAGUGUUUGUUCUGCCCAUUCCGUACAUCCUCAGCAGAGCUGAUGGCAAUGCAUCUCCAGGUCAACCACACCAGUAAGUCCAGACGCAAAAGAACCCCUUCUACCAACUUGGAUGAAGAGGGAGUCCCAAGGGCCACCAAGCCACGGACAGAGCACUCUGACCUGGACUCUCUGGCAGUGUGGAGGCACGGGAGUGAAGUAGAGUCCAAGGCAACCCUGGGGGAAUGGUCCUCAACUCAGACCAAGACCCUGAACGGGAUCGCCGAAGAUAGAGCAGAACAUCUGGAUGACAUCCUCGACCACUCCGACUCCAAUAUUGCCAACAAUGCGAGAGAUGGUUUUGCGCUCAUGGAGAAGUUCAGGGGCAAUGACGGAGAACAAGAAGACGAAUUUGAAGAGAAUUUGGAGAACAGUAGUUUGGAGGAUUCGCAGGACAAGGAUCUGAGGAUGUCCCUAGCUCUUUCACCAGCCCUGAGCGCCAAUCACAUGGUGGGGGAGGAGGAACGAGUCUUAACAGACUAACAGGCUUUUUCAAGGCACCACCUCAAUGGAUUUUCAACUACAGUUAAGGUGGGAUAAAAGAAGGAGGGGGUAGCUCUGCAGAGAGAAAAGGGGGUUUAAGGGCAAAGAUAUAUUUGCACCUUAAUACUUUCAUUUCUGGAGGAUUCUUGUUUUCUCCGAUCCUUCAAAAGGAUGGAGAGAAGAAUCACUGCUGUUGUGCUCCCUCCGACAUUAUUCAUCUACCUUAUGUCUGACAAUGGUCAACAACAAAGUAAAAGCCUGUGUAUAAAAGAGCAUAGAUGCAUCGUCUUAGAUUUUGGAGGCCACUUUUUCUAUGUUUUGUUUCAAGUUUACUUCAAGAUAGAUGAUUUGGAAGAGGACCGCCCAUUUCUAAAUGAAAGAAGAUGAUCAUUUAGACCUAUGGCAGAUCCGACAUCAUUCCACAUGCAUUUAUUCAACACUUAUAAUGGACUGUUUAUCCAAGACUACUAUACUGCCCAGGUUAAAGCUUGCUGUAAUAGAGAUGCUCUCCUGACUGACCACUGAACAGUUUGAAACCUCAAACUUCAAGUUCCUCCGCAGUCCACAUAGAUAUGGGGAAAACGUUGUAGGAAAGUUUCAAGCUGUGAACCUUGGCUAAGCUAUUCGGUAUUAAUUUAAGAUAUGAGGUAACUGUUGCAGGCUGCGUGCUUUUUCCUCAACUAUAUAUCACUGCCUUGUUUGUCUGAAAAGUGUUUCAAGACGAUUGUCCUAAAGAAAAACAGAACGUUUUUUUUUUCUUUUUUCAGUUAGUGCCUGUUCAUGUAUGUGGUUAAGCGAGUCUCUGGUAAUUCUUUGCAUCGAGGCUUCGAUAGGUCGAUUUAUUUUAUCUGAAUAUACAGUUUAAAACGAUUUAAGUACAGUAUAUUUGUUCAAAGUGGUUCUAGGGUGUUGUGAAUAGUUAAGUUGUAAAAGAAAAGCUACUUUGCAGCGUGAUGUCCUUGAAACAGGCUGUAGCCAAUUUUUGGUUCAACUUGAGAAGAAAAAAAAAGAAAGCCGUUGGUAUAAAUAAUGAAUAAUGUGAUAAAAGAGGUUCAAAGCUGAGCGAUUAGAAAGGGGUUACUGUUAGAAAUUCAGUGUUUACAAUGGUCCGGGUCGGGUUUGCCAAGCAGCUUAAAUGCAUGGAAAAAGAACAAAACUACAGAGUGGGAGUCCGGCUGUAGGGACGCAGCUCGAGCCACCCCCCCCCCCCCCCCCCCCCCGAACACAAUCAACUGACACACCUUUUCAAAGAGACAGAGACUUAGUAACUGUGUCAAACAUGGAACAAGUUCUUUUUUUUCUUCGCUGAAGGGAAGAUACAGGUAGAAGGACAAAAACAGAGCAGUAACCCUGCCUAAAUCUGAGAAAAAAAAACUGUUUCUCUCUGGGGUACGACGUCUCGUAGAUGAGUAGAUUCCCUCUCUUCUUCUUUUUUUUAUAUGAAAAGAAAAGACAAUGGUAGGAGUUAUUAUUAAAAACACUAACAAAUGCAUAGACAUCCCAGUAGAAUAUGUGUAGCUUUUGUAAAGACGACAAGAAGAAAAAAAAAAAAGAAGCAGACUUUUCUUUAUUUUCAUUUCAAGAUGCUUACAGAAAAAGGUUAUCAAUAUAAGUCAUAUUGAUUAUAAUGUUCGUGAGCUAAGACUAGUUGGAAUGUCUAUACAGAGCACUGUGCAAGGUUUGAGUUCCCAAAGUAGUUGUUUUAUUUUUUUUUUUGACUUUAUGGAUAGACCAAACGUUUUUUCAAUGGAAGUUGUCAACUUUCUGUUGUCGUUUUAAAUGUGUGAAGCUGUGGUUUCAGUAGAUUUUACUCCCCAUCGAUUAGCCGUGUCGCUCAUCAGCCAUCGGUGUAUCAGAGAUCCAACCGCUGAACUGGUUGUCAAAGAGAGUUCAGAUUCAAACAAAAUCAGCACAAAAAGUGCUAAAAAAAUGGAAAACAAUCAAAUAUGUUAAUUAUUGCGAUUUGAAGGUAUAUUAAAGCUCCUGUGAGGAAUUUUAGAUCCUCUGUCCUAUACAUUUUCUUAACAGAAAAUCUCCUUCUUCUUUAGCAUACUUUAGCAUCUUGCCCGAAAUUGUUUUUUUAAAGGCUGUUUGGUCUGACACCUACCCCCCUGCAGCGGAUUCAGACAGUAAAAAUAACGAUAUAGAAAUUGCAGAUCCUUUUGCUGAUGGUUUUGUCUGCUUUUGGAGGUUGUUAACAGACCACACUAUUAAUUUGAGUCUUUUUCAUGGGGGGCUAAAAACUCCUCAUGGGAGCUUUAAAGGAAAAUCUCUGAACAUUAGGCAGUAAUACCCCUUUUACACUAUUUAUCAACUUGGACUACAUUUUUAUGGAAGGUAUUCUAUGAUUGUGACCACACCUUAAUGUGCAUUAAUGUGUUUAAGUUCCCUUUUUUAGAGCACCUUAUGAGUUCUGUAGUGAAAAGUCCCUUAGUGGUGUCUCCUUAACAACUACUGUCAACGCCAUCGUGCCUUCUGUUUCAAGCACUUCCUGGUGUAUUUUGUAAAACUCACCAAAAGCACUUAUUCUAUAUCUACACACUCUUUCCUCUCUAUCUUUGACCUUUCCUCCUCCCCUCUUCUAUCAUCACCUCAGCCCCAUUAUUAUAAUCUUUUUCUUCUCCUGUCUUUUAUCUCCUGACCCCUCUCUCCUUUUGGGGGGAAGCUGUUCAAACCAGAUUUCUCCACCACAAUUCAGGCCCGUUCGGCUUUAAACAAGGCCACUAGGCCUUAUUACAAUCUAGCAUGGCUAGACACUUGAAAGCAUAGACUACCUAACCGAGUUAGACGCGUUAAAGUUAAUAUAUAUAUAUGUAGGGUUAGACUACUUUUGGUCGUAAUACUAACCCUUGGUAAACCAAAGCCCAAGUCUAAGUGUAACAAAUGUUAUAUUUCAUCUCCAAAGGUGCCAAAACAUGUCCAAUGUGACACUAAAACGUCAGAAAACUUAAUCAUUCACCUCUCUUUCCUCCCAUUUCUCUUACUUUCUUAAACCCCUCUCUCCCUUUCUCUCUCUCUCUCUCUCUCUCUCUCAUGCUUGCUCUCUCUCCACGCCCCUCUCUCGUCCGUAAACUGUCGAUCUCUAGCACCACUUGAAGGUGACGUGUACUAUCUGGUAUUGAGGCCUUUAUUAGAUUUUUAUUUCAGUUCGUGUGGUGUUUGUCCAAUGCCGUUGAGAUGGAAAUAUGCUCUUCUUAUAAUGAUAAUUAUUAUUGUUUUCUGGCAUUAUGGUUAAAAAAAAAAAAAACAAGUAACAAAAAAAACAAAAAAAAACAAGAGAAAUGUGUUGUUGAAUGUUGUACAGAUAGCACUAGAGAUGUUGUGUUUUUUUAAAGAGAGCACAAACCCGAGUGAUGGUCCCUUCUGCUCCUCCCACCGGCAGACGGGAAUAAAACAGCCUGCCGAUCAAUCCAAAUGUCUGAUGUGACAGAAAUUGUCUCUUGUGAUGAAAAGAGUUUCUCAACAAAUUGAUUGUGUAUGAAGAGUUGUUCUGCGGAGAUUUGAAUGUAGAAAGGGCAGCCGUUGACUCGAACUUAUUUAAUUUCCUGCACAGCAAAAAAAUGAAAAUUGUCUAAGAGACUUAAAAUCUGCACUCGAAGAUUAGAUUUCCACACUUAUGGAGAAAUCUACCCAACACCUAAGAGUCAGACAAUCACAUGGGACGCUUUUUAUGUUUGCAUACGCAGCGGAAAGUAUGUUCAGCCAUUUUCACAUAAACACUCCUGAAAACUUUGAGACAUGUAGACAUCCCUACAUCGUCUAAAGAGCACAAAGAAGAUACUGGUGAACAAAAAACAAAGAAGCAGAUUCGUUUCACCGGUCUCGUGCAAACAGUCUUUUUAGUGCAGGAUAUAAAUGUCGUCACCGCCUCCUGCUCGCUGUGCCCCCACAUUAGCCCACUCUGACGAAAAAAGGAACAUUUAGUAGAAGGCUGGCGGGGAAAACUUCUGGGUAAAGUCGGAGUCAAAAUUCCAGCUGUUUUUCAGGAGUUUUGUUUGACAUCAUUUCAGCUCACAUAUAUUGAUGUAAGAGGAGGACGCUUUGCUUAUUUAAACUUCCUGUCACAUGGAAAUGUAUUUGAAGAGAUGUUAAGAGAUUUAACCAGACGUCUGUUUUUUGCGGGCUUCAGACCCCAGCGGGGAAAGAAAAACUCAUUUUGGGGGAUAAAAGGGUUCCACACUACUUUGCGUUAAAGCAAAAUGUGAAAUCAUUUUGUCUGACUCUUAGUGUUGUCUCUAGAAAAAGUACUUAAAUUUUUCAUUUGCACAACAGAACGUGACGUAGCUCCAAUGUGAAUUUUCAAACAAAUGUGAAAAGCGCACCUUAUCUCUCCUGAUUGUAAAUCAUUUAUUUCACACUGAAGAGAACUCUCAAAUUAAGUUUGCAUCAUACGGGCUGAUCCUUCAUUGGUUAGUAAAGACUUUUAAUGGUUCUGAAGGUGUUGUUUAUUUGAAAUGACAAAUCUCCUCGAGGUGAGGGGGCCAUGCUGGGUUUGGGCUCUUGUGUAGUUUACUGCCAUUGCAGUGAGGGAAAACUGAUCUAACAUAGUAGUGACUAAUAUGACUUUGUGGACAGAUAAAAAAAAAAUAAAAUGAAAAUAAAAUGCAUUAGAAAUAAAUAAACACAAACAAAUGAA